GCCUCUGGUUAGGAGACCGUUGAACCAGGAGGGGCCUGACAAGGGACCACGUGGAAAGAGAUUCAGAGACUCUCCUUCUCCUUGGGACCUGGUACAAUGCGGGUACAUUCUUUCCGGUGGCCCUAGACGCAGUGUCCCCACCGUCCCCGCCAUCUACUUCUACUCUCCUAUGAUUUUUAUAGAAAGAUGCUAACAGGAACACUGUCCCCCACCCUCACAUGCCCCGACAUGAAACCGCCUCCUGCCCCUUGCAGACUUGCACCUUUCUGAUUGAGGCUACGUCUUUAGGUGACACGACCCUACCCACUCCUUGGCUGUUUCCAGCGGAUGCUGCCCGGUGUCUCUCACUGUAAUCUACUCCAAGAGGGCGUCCGAAGGCGCGCUCUCCCCACCCUUCGGAUAGACCAUUACCCAUCGUUUGUCGACCUCUGUGAUGCGGAGAAGAGACGUCUGUCCCCAGUAUAGUACUCUUGGUUCAGACAUCCCCUGGCCUAUUCUCGGAAAGGGCAGGGGGAUGUGGGAAAAAAAAAAAAAAUUCUGGUUCCCUCCCCUUGGUGCCACGGCUUUCGCUUUCACUUCCUCCUCUGAGAGUCGACGGAUCUCCGGGUGUUAAGCGAUCAUGGCGCUGCUGGACGUGUGCAGAGCCCCCGGAGGGCAGCGGCCCGACUGGGCUGUCCCCAUUGCGGGAAACAGGCAUCGCUCCGACCCGGGACACUACAGUUUCUCUAUGCGAACUCCGGAGCUCGCCCUCCCCCGGGGAAUGCAGCCCACUGAAUUCCUGCAGUCCUUGGGUAGGGAUGAAGAAAGAAAUGUCCAGAUUGAGAUGGCCCAUGGCACAACCACACUGGCCUUCAAGUUCCAGCAUGGAGUUAUUGUAGCAGUGGAUUCCCGGGCCUCGGCUGGAAGUUACAUUGCCACCUUAAGGGUGAACAAGGUGAUUGAGAUUAAUCCCUACCUGCUUGGCACCAUGUCUGGCUGUGCAGCAGACUGUCAGUACUGGGAGCGCCUGUUGGCCAAGGAGUGCAGGCUGUACUACUUGCGGAAUGGGGAGCGGAUCUCAGUGUCAGCUGCCUCCAAACUGCUCUCCAACAUGAUGUGUCAGUACCGGGGUAUGGGCCUCUCCAUGGGCAGUAUGAUCUGUGGCUGGGACAAGAAGGGUCCAGGACUUUACUAUGUGGAUGAAAAUGGGACUCGACUCUCAGGACAUAUGUUCUCCACGGGUAGUGGGAACAGUUAUGCCUACGGGGUUAUGGACAGUGGCUAUCGGCCCAAUCUUAGUACUGAAGAAGCCUAUGACCUUGGUCGCAGGGCUAUUGUUCAUGCCACUCACAGAGACAGCUAUUCUGGAGGCGUUGUUAAUAUGUACCAUAUGAAGGAAGACGGUUGGGUGAAAGUGGAAAGUACAGAUGUCAGUGACCUGCUGCACCAGUACCGGGAUGCCAGUCAGUAAUGGUGGAGACUGGGCAGGCCUCCUCGGGCUAGCCUGGUAGACUCAGGGAGCUGGUCAUCCUAAGUCCCAGAAAAAGGAGUAGCCCCACCAAAGCCAGAGAUAGAGAACUGGCUCCGCAGUCAGUGGGGACCUGGAAGGUUGGACCCAGCUCAUCCUUUUUUGUGUUCUUCAUUUCAGGGAGCAUCCCUCCUGGGUGCCCCCUAAGCCCAAUAAAGUAAAAACGGUUAUAAAUGCA